CUCUCAUCGGGAACGGACGCGUGUUUCGAUGUUGUGUGGCGUUGGUUUUUAAAAGUUUUGUUUUUUUGAACAACAGUGUUUGGCGGGUUCGAAGUUUCGAAGGACGAUAAUUAGUGGUUGUGUGUGUGGCUGGAGGUUCUAGGAAGCAGCUAAUCAUCAUCGUUCUACCCCGAGUGCUGAAAAAGGGAUUCUCGGGGUAACUUAUUAGUGGCAGUGACUAAGGCAAUUUUCGGACUUUGUUGUGGCGCGAUUAUCCUGAUUGCCACACCUGCAACGCUGGAAGUGCCUGAAAACAAGCGGGGAAACAUAGAAAACACCUGACUCAUUUGAAUCGUGCGGGCUGUAAAAAAACACAAAAAAAAAAAACAGAUAAAGCAAAAUGUAAAACGACUCAACAGCCUGCACGCACAUAUGCGUCUACCUCGCCAAAGUUGUUAUUAUGGUGAAUUUGAUGAUCGGACCUGUGCUACCCGAAUCCGGCGAAGAAGCCCAAGCUGGAAGGAAGAACGGAAAGACCCCAGCAGCUUAACGAUCCUGACUACUUGAGAGUAAAAACGGCAGCAGCAGCAGGUCAAGUGGCAGUUACAGCCAAGCCAACUCCGGAAUUGGAAUUGAUUGGUUUUUGUAUGGAUUUUGACAGCUGUCGGCGCUAGUGACGUCACACGAAGACGGAGGCGGGAAGUGAUCGAGUAGUCACCGCUUGAAACAAAAACAACUUCGGCCAAAACAAGUGGUGGCGCGCGAGCGGUGAAGACAUCGAUAGUGACCAAAAGCCCGAACAAGUGGUGCUGCUUGUAGAUAGGUCGAAAUCGGCCAGAGUUAGAGUGUUUUGGUGUUUUUGGCGCGCCAUCUAUAGUCGCGUCUCGCGCGCGCAACUUUCACAACAGUUUGUCGUUUUCGACUGUGUGUGUGUGUGUGUGCGUGAGUGUGUGUGCGUUUUCGGUCGUUUUGUAUAAAUAAAUAAUUAAAUAGAGGAGUGGAAAUCGAACCGCGCCAACCGAAAAGGAGAUAUCGGCGGCCGGAGGAAGUGGGCUUUUAAAAUUAGUGGAAAGUGUUUGGCGGCGUGCGUUCGAAUGUGUCCAAAAAAUUAAAAGCCACUAAACAGACCGGCCUCACUUUCGGUUUCAAGCCCCUGGUGUCGCGCACUGAAGAAAGGGAAAAAAGUCCGAAUUAAUGCACCGGAAAAGUGAUUUCGUAAUUAUCUCGCGACCAUGACGUACCGGCGACGACAGCGAAUCUUGGUGAAUCGCAAGCCGUGCUAGACUACGUGACCUAGUGCAGCAGGGACUGCUAGCGAAGUAUUGAUUUUGUAGCAGAACAGAAGCCAGCGGAUUGCGUGCAACGAAACACCUGAACAUCGGGAAGAGGCAGCGACAUCGACGACGGAAAGUGAAAACGGAAGGAGGAGGAGCAACUUCUAAGCUGUUGAGGAAGGAAGAACUGUAGCACUUGAAAUCGGAUCAUCAUGUACUUAGUACAGACUGUGCAGACGGCAUCACCGUGGAGGCCACAGCUUCCGCUACCAAAGGACAUAACCUCACAUGUGCAGCGGCAGCAGAAACAGGACAUGGAUAAGUCCGCGGCAAAGAAGGAUAAGGACAAGAAGUGGUCCCUUGGGAAUCUGUUCCGUCGGAAGCAGAAAAAAGAGCUGGACUACGACUCCAGUUCGGAGGAAGAUCGCAAGGCGGGCUUUCUGCCGGUCAAGAACAAUCGCACACAGGCUGUAAGUCAGGGCGGAACGCUCAACGGGAAGCGCAAGAAGCGAUCGAGCAAGCUGAGUGGAACGUUCGAUCACAUCGUGGUCAGUCCGAAUCAAGGCGAGCGGCAUGGCUUCAAAGAGAGUGACAGUGUCAACUCGAUCGAUAAGUACGUGGUCUCGAUGGGAUCGCUGGACAGACGAUCGCGGAAGGAUCGGGGCAAGGUGAAAGAUGGAAAGGAGCAGUCGAGUGACGAAGAAUCACACCGAUCGUCGUCAAUGUCUAGGUUCAGGAGCGAUGAUAGUCUGGGAAAUCACAGCGGAGGAUCGAACCGCAAGUCGAGAACCGCCAGAACGGAACGGUACUUGAAGAGAAUGUCAAAGGACGGAGAAGGAAGUCCGGUCAGUCGGUGGCACACGCAGCCAAUUUCUCCGAGCAUGCUUCAUGGAAGUAUACAAUCGGUGGAUACCGUUCAGCGUAGAGGUCCACAAACCCAUGGAGUACAUCCCAGUUUGAGAAACUCUUCUAGUCUAACCAAUGUGCCUCACCUCUUCCACCCGCCGAAUCCAUACGCAAACCAGCAGCAGUUGUAUCAGAUCAAUCCUUCUGCAACGUACGAAAAUAGUUUCUACAUUCAGAGUAAAGCCAAUUCCAUGCGGGAAUCCAUUCGAAGUCCUCCACCGGUUCCACCGAGGGAUCCACAGCGUAGACUAACCAUCGGUCAUCCAAACGACGUACGACCAAUCUCGUACGCUUUCGAUCGGUACCAAAUGAACAACGUUCAGCCAAACGUCAACAACAUCUGGCAGCCAAACGGCAAGUGCAUCAGUGAUGAUCGACUGUGGGGUUCAAACGUAACGCUACAGCACCAAACGUCUCCUCCACCAAACUUUACAAAUCCGCAUGCGCAAACUCCUCCGCGACCCUCCUCCGUACAGCCAGAUAUGGCACCAAAGCGGUACAUUUCCCGGCAUCCGCAACCCUCAAAUCCGUCACCCAAUCAGGGCUACGUGAUCCUCCAGCACCCUCACCACCACCAUCCACAACAGCCGCAAAUGCAAGCACAACCCCAGCAGCAGAUGCAGCAAACCCCGAAACGACCCGCGGAAUACCGCUAUGUUACCGACGUGACUCCACGGUCACGAAAACCAAUCCAAAUCCAGGAUCGAACUUUUGAACCGUACGAACCACCUCACCAGCAUCACCACCAACACCAGGUCCCACAAAAGACACCAUCGCCCGCCCAACCGGCUAGCCAACCUGUUUACAGCAGCACAGCAUACAUUCGAACUCGACCGCUAAAGGCGGAUCCCGACGAGGAAUCCCCCUCAAAAACACCCCAACAGUCGGCGUCCGCGUUCUGGCGCAAAAUCGAAGAAGACCAAAGCUCGACAAAUCGCCGCAAUCGAGCAGCCGACCGACGCCAACAGGUUCCAGCGGCUGUCGCAAACUCACGAUCCGUGUCGUCUUCCCGCGCACUGGAAAUCAUGAACCGUAAGAACCACGAACUCACCAAGGAGCUCAGCAAUCUGCUGGAUGACAGCAAACACGACGAGGACGGUAACGUCGUCAGUGGACGGCUCUAUCUGAGACAGGCACGAGACGGCACGGUGAAAGAGAAGUCCCGUUCGCCACCGAAGAACAAGUACGAAGAGUACGUCGCAAAGACAGUCGCCCAAUCAACGCAAGCGCCGGUGCCGACGUCCACGUACCGGAAGUACAGUGCCGAGCGUCCGGUGAAAUCACCGAUCAAUUUACUACACGCGAGAUCACCACCUCCGGCGCCACCAGCUCGAGGAAUCUCGAAAAGAAAUUCCUGCUCGGAAGAGGAGCUUUCCAAGAAGCAGAAAUCCGCAAACUUGGAGGAGGCGAUCAAUGAACUGGAAGCAAUCUACAAGAGCCUGCGGCUCAGCGACGAAGAUCUGCUGGAUCGUGCCGAACUCCGAGAUGUUCCAACUCCGACAACGUUCGCUACCCAAAUGAGACCCACCUCGGACUACGAUGACGAGGACGACGAACGGCGUCACUCGGAGCCGGACAUUCAACUGGACGAUCUUAACUUCCGCAGCAUUAAGCGGGCGAACGAAACGACAAAAGCACUGGAAGUUCAGCCUCCAUUCGGAAUCCCGUUGGGACCAAUCCCGCCCUCUCCCGGAACGGACUAUCUAAGCGUACAGCUGGCCAAGUCCAGCAAACCACGAUUCAUCCCGAAGCGCUCGCCCGAUCUGGUGGCGGAUGACCUUGCCUACCGGCAACUGCGCCGCGAUAAAGAUCUCCAGCAGAGUGUGGAUCGAGUCAACUAUCACGCGCCGACGGCGGUUGAAGCGUCUGCUGAGAAACAACCAUCCAGCGUGAUUGAGGAUGUUAAAAAGAAGCGUAGCAGUGCAAAGCCAACGUCGAAUUCACUCUCCGCCAACAUCUUCACCAUGAUCCAACGGGACGCGGCGAAACCUUCUGGAGGAAAUCUGGAUGACUAUCAAAAGAUCGAGAAGAUCACACAAAGCAUGGCUCGAGCGGCUACGAAAGACGAAGUUGUUCCCAAGGGCAAGAAAACCUCCAAGAAGAGCGAACCUCGCGCAAAGAGCGGCUCUCCGAAGCUUACCGGUGGAGCAGUUUUCAACCUGCCGUCAACGCUAAAGUCCAGCUCACCAAAGCCAACGGUGUCGUCAGAUAGCAGCGCAAGCACUCCCACCACGUCGACCGUGACGCCAAAGGCAAAGGCCGGUGGGCCGGUGAUAGUCGGGGCCAAGCACAAAGCAGAGUUUGAGGACAUUCUGAACGCGAUCGCACAGGAAGCGAAGUGUACCAGCGAACAGCUGGGCAUGGAUUUGGCGGAACUGAGGAAGGAGACGAAAUCGGUCUCGAGCGGAACCAGUCCGGAGACGAAACCGAAGAGCAAGGUCGUUGCGCCCAGAGAGUCGUCCGAAGCGAGAAGCCGAAAGUCUUCGGUGAAAGCUGAGGACGAGAUUGACGAGGUGGCGGAGGCAGCUAAAUAUUGCCAACAGAUGUUGAAGAAUGUGGUGGAGCCGGCGAAGUUGGACGAGAAGAAGCUAGUCAAAGAGAUUGAGGAUACCUCGAACGCGGCGAUGCUGUGCCAUGGAAUGAUAAAUCGCGUGCUGAUGCCGACGCAAGUGCCGGUGGAGGCCCCGGAGAAGUCGGUGUUGUCGAAUUUGAUCAAGGAACUGGCACCGGCUGAGGAAGAGUCCUUCGAUAAUCUGUCGAAGCGCUGUCAGGAGCAGCUGAACGAACUGGAGGGCAUGAAGGGGGAUGAACGGUCGGCAAUUGAAAGAGACUACGACAAUUUGGUGGAGAGUUGUGCACCUUUGGAUUCGGAUUCGGAGAAGAAAUCUACCGAAGAGGAGAUUGAUUUGAUUAUGAAGGAGUGUGGGAUCGAAAACGAUGUACAGAUAACAAUCAAUUCAGUGCCUUUGGAGCAGCAAGCAGAGGUGGAUACGUUCGAUGUUCAUAAGCAUAGCAAGGAGUCUAGUUUGGAGUUGAGUGAUUUUCAUGGCCCGUCGUUGACACCAUCGGAUCCGAAGUCUUCCAGUGAGACGGAACAGUUCCCAAAGUCCUCGGAUCUAACGUCCUGCAAUAUGCUAUCGUCUAGCGAUUGCCUCAAGUCUGUCAGUGAUCAGCACAAGUCCAGUUCUUCUGCCGCUAGCUCGAUCGUCAGUGCGGCCGCAACGCCGGCGAUUGAUUCGACGGUUGUUGAGGUUAUUCAGGUCCCAGUGGUAGCGCCAACCCGGUCGCCUCCGAUGCCGUCUGAUGCCGAGUCGCAGUACAACUCUUCCGAAGAGCUUGCGAUGAUCUUUGGCAUCAAGAGUCCAACACCGACAGACAACAAACCAUUCGUCAACCCCGCCAUCCUAGAGUUGGAGAAGAAGCUUUCAUCCGCCACUGCCAACAUAAGCUGCCAAACGCAACAUAACUCUAGUUAUCAGCAAGCACCUCCUCCUCAACAACAGCAGCACCAUAUCUAUCAGCAAUCGCUGCCGCAACAACAACCUAGUCUCGAUCAGCAGCAGAUCUACCAGCAGCAGCAACGCCAACGGCAACAGGAAUACAUCAACAGCACUUACUACCCAAGCAUUCCCGCCCAGCAGCACCAAUCGCAACCGUCGAGUUCGAGUCUCGCCAGCAUCCUUCAGGCGAUUCGCGCCGAACAGCAACAGCCCGAUCCGCAAUUUACGCGUUCCACAAGCCUCGAUCGAGCAGCCGCAGAGCAGGCACCUCCCACAGGCGCACCCAAAUUCAGCGGAGCCAACUUCCGUCGAAUCCAGCGCCACCCACCGGUGUCCUACCCGCGCAAGCCCCUAGUCACUCAACGAUCCCUCGGAUCACCGCCCUCCCCUAGCAUCAACUCGUCCUACUCGCCGUCCCAACCCGCUCACCACGCGCCGCCACCUUCCACCCCGUCAGCGUUCGCGGCCACUUCCGCGGCCCACCAGCAGCAGCGGUCACGACCGCCCCACAAAUCGUCCCUCAAGCGGAAUGACGCCUUCCUAAAGACCCGCUCCAAGACCAUUUCGGACUUUUUCGGCCCCGAAUCGACGCCCAUCUCGCGCCUGCUCAACAUAAUAUGCCAGGAGAAGGAAGCGGAAAGGGCGCAGGCAAUGAGCAGCAGUAGCGGAAGUACCAGCGGAAGCAACCCGAAACCUGCUUCCGGGGGCAGCCGAGAUGGCAGCCGGACGGCGUCGUCGGCUAGGGCGUCAACGUCCCGCAAGGAGAAUGUGGUGCCGCAGCGGGCCGGAUCAUCCUCGGCCUCGUCGGCUACCUCCGGCAGUGGAGGGCAGGCGGCGGGAGCCGCCGAGCUGUUUGCCGCCAAGGACAUAGAUAGGAUAGCGAAAUAUAAGGCCGACCGGCGGAAGGCCAUCUAUUUAAGGAACACUGUCCAAGAAAACGAAAAUGAAAGACUGGAAAUUAAGAAAAGAUCAUCAUCUAGAUCAACAGCCAAUACUCCCACAUCAAGUGCAAUUCAUAGCAAAUCUCAGCCGUCAUCGUCAUCCUCGAAGCCAGCAGCCUCAUCCGCGUCCACGUCAUCCCUGUCGGCGGCAGCCGUGGCCGCCCGACCCUGGCUCGCCGCCUCGUCCACCGUGGCAUCCCGUAGCGCACCGACGUCUACCUCCAACAUCAGUGCGGCCACUUCCUCGAGCAAACAUGGCACGAACCGGCCCAAGACUGCAACGAGCUCCUCAACCGGCGACGCAGGAGGUGGCGGUUCACUGCCACUGUCCCCGUCGCAUCAACCGCCGUCGUCACGAAAACCGCGGGACCGCAGCCUGGCAGCAACGAGCCGGUCAUCAGCCGACGAGAAACAGGUUGUUCCGACGCAACAGGUCAAACAACAACCGCAGCAGCCGAUCCGUACGACCAGAUCGUCCAGACUUCGUGCCGCUGCCCUGGAGAAAGAUCGUUCUUCGUCGGCGGGGGCCACGCUCGGCGGCACCAGCGAAGACACCAACCACUCAACGAGCUUUGGCCAGCGGCUGAAGCCAUCUGGUGGUGGUGGCACGAAACUGCACUCACCCAACAGCAGCAGUACUAGCACCAGCAGCCGGGUGUCGUCCAACGCUUCAACGAGUAGCGGCAGCAGUGCACGAAAUGCCAGCGGUUCCUCGGCCGCCGGAAGUCGCGAUAAACCAACGGCGAAACGGCUCGUUCCAUCGAUUGCCGUCAAUAUGAAGCAAAAGCUUAAGGAAACCACGGAAACGGUGGUCACGAUCGUCAAGGUGGCCGCACCGAGCGAUAUCAACCGGAACCGGACCGCCGCGGUGGUCAGUUCCGACGUGCUCAACGGAAAUCACGAACCACCCAAGCCUGAAGUGGAGGAGGCUUUUUUGGAACAAAUCCCCUCGACCACGGUGACGGCGGCGAGCGAUGAUCCGAAGGCACCACGACCCGUGCUGGGUUCGCUGGGUAGCAGCCUCGAUUCACCGAGGUCACUCCAGUCGCCCCGGAUGCGCACCUCAACGAUGAAGACGGGUACGGUUGCGCGAAGUAUGGCCCUGGUGGACAUUCACGGGUUGAGCCCGGUCAAGACUCCGGCCGCGGCGACGGACAAGUCGGCCAAACGGAAAUCGAACCUCAACCGAGCCCAGCACGAGGAAGCGACGGAGAAACGACCUUCCUCGACCGACCGUCGCCGGCACCAGAAAACCAGCACCAGCAGCGCUGCACUGUCCAGCCCGGAACCGGCCAACCGGCAACCCUCUCGCAAACCAACCCGCCCAUCGUCGUCGAAGGCCCCUCCGAAGAUAUCCGAACCGCCCGCAACAACCCCACCUUCCACGGCCACCACCACCCCAGCCUCGUCACCCUACCCGAAGGCUUCGCUGCAGUCCUCGACGACAUCGCUGGCGGCGCCCUCGUCCAGCCCGGCGUCGACGCCGUCCAAGUUUUCACCGCUGCUGGUCAGCAGCAAAACUCCAUCGCCGGCCGGUCUCGGCGCCACCAGCAGCAGCAGCAGUCCGGGCAGGAUGCUCCUCUGUCGCAGGAACUCGCCGGCUUCGGUUCCACCGGUGCUGCAGCACUCGUCCAGUUCCAGCACGACACUGGCUGGGGAGGUGGGCCCGACAGGUCGUCGAGGCAGUGAGGAGGCGGAACCUUCGCCGGAUUCGCCGCUGCUGCUGGCGCAGCAAUAUUCCAAGUUCAGCCAGAUGAUGCUGAAGUCGCCGACGCUGGAGCGGUACGAGGUGGCGCAGCCAGAACCUGAGCCUGAAGUGCAGCAGGAAGAGGUUGAAGUGCCAUUGCAGGUGGAGGAGGAGGAGGAGGAGGAGCAACCGACGGAAUUGUGCGUGCCUUUAGAAGAGGAAGCAGCCGAGCUGGAGGGAGCUGCUGGAAAUGUUAUUGUGAUUGAGGAUCUUGAUCUGCUGGAGGCGGGACCUUCGGGAUUGGGACCUCGUCGGGAGGCCACGUCGGAUGACGAAGAGGAGAUUGACCGGCCGGCAAACCGAAUACUGUUCGACGACAAGUUCAACGAUGAGUUCGUGGUGAUUGAGAACAGCCCGAAGAGUCAUCUGAUUCAAUCGCUUGAUGAGACUGAUAUUGCUGUGAUUGGGGAGCAUGACGAUGACGUCGAGGUGUACCCACCGAGACCGGCCAGUAGCAACAGUGCCGGCUACGAGAAGAAGAAUCUGGUCAAGAUGAGUUCCGUGGAGCACUUUGAGCGCAAGAGUUGUUCUCCGCAGCGCAAGAAGAGUUUGUCGCCGAUUGCGCGAGCCAAAAGCAUGGAGGAAAAUCACCUGGCGUCGGUUUCACCGGUUCCGUCCAACCACAUAGUAUCAAUUCUAAAGCGGAAGACGGCCGUUGAAUCCGGUAACAGUUCCGCCUCGAGCAACGCUUCACCGGUGACUUUCUCGCCGAGUGUCGUCGACACUCCAGUUCGAUCCAGUGCCAGUGCUCGCCGCCAGGGUAUCCUGAAGAAACGCUGCUCUCUCGAUGAAUCUCGUUACAGCCGAAGUCAUUCGCCGGACGACCGAAGCAUCCUGGUCAAACACACCCGCCGAAACAGCUUCGAAGAGCUGGCCACAGCCCAACAGCACGGUAUUCUCAAACAAAAGAGUUACGAGUCCAAGGAGGACGUCUCUUCCGCUGCCACAACCUGCACCGGAAGCACCACCGCCGUCAACGCUCCAAUCUCGCACGGCAUCCUCAAAAAGAAGACCGAUUCCUCGUCGACCUCAACCCCCAACGAACAACCCAAGCACGUGUCCAUCUCUCAAGCAGUCAUCCUCGCCGCCGCAGAAAUCUGCCAGGACAUGCUCCUCGACCACGAAGACCACGAAAUCCGACCCAUCCUCAAGUCAGACUCCCAACACCACCCCGCGCCCAAACCAAUCCUCAAAAAGAAAUACUCCUCCGAAUCGGAAGAAAUCCGCCCCAUCCUCAAAUCGUCCCGCAAGAGCAGCCGCGAGGAAACGUCCGAUUCAGAAGAUCUGCACCGCUCGAUCCUCAAAACCGACUCCCCAGCCAAACGCCGCUCCUUCGGCGAUCGCUCGGACUCCCUGGACUCGAACGCGGCCGCCGCCCUCAUCCGCAGCCGCUCGCUGGAACACCCGGACCCCGUGCCAACGGCCCCGGUCGUCCCCCAGGUGCAGAACAUCGAGAAGCCCAUCAUUUCGGUGGCCGAGCGGAUCAAACACAUGGAAAAAUUCCUCUCCGGGCCGUCCACAUCGGGAGCCGGCAGUCCGGCGGCCAGCAGCAGCAGUGGAGCCAUUCCGAAGCGGAGCCCCGGAAGUGCCAGCUCGCGCAGGGAGUCGUUCCGGUUCAAGACGCAGCCGAUUACGUCGUCGGAGAUAUCGGGUGUGCAGCAACAAGUAGAAGAUCAGCAGCAGCGCUCCGUCGAAAACCCGGAAGAAUCGUACUCGAGUUUAGAGUCCAAUUGUCAUCCGGAACCGAUCGCGGAACCGCCGACGCGUCCCACAGAAGAACCUCCGCUAUCGCCAACGUUGGCAACAACCGAGUCCAACUCGCACUCCGGGGAGUUCAACCUUGCCUCGCUCAGUUCGGACAGUGGUAUCCAGUUUGGCCGCGGAACCGAAGAAACCUCCGGCGCCGAUUACGGCCUGUCCUCGUCGGUCAAAACCAGCGACAGUGAAAAAUCGCCCUCGCGUAAAACCAUCGACGACGACGUCGACUUGAACGAUCUCAACCAGGAGGACGACGUCGAAGAUCCGGAAGACCACCUGCAAAUCAUCGAGGAAACCGGCGGCCAACGGCGAGUCCUCCUAAGCCCAUCCUCCACGACCUGCAGCCGGAAUCGCCGGCACGGCAGCUCCAGCAGCACCAGCUCCAGUGAUCUCAGUGACCGCGAAAUGUACACGGCCACCGUGGGCGUCCAGCAGCAGCAGGAUGACCUGGACGAUUCGUCCGGGGGUUUGCGCCGGUCCAACAGUGUCCGGGCGCGGGCCAACAUGUUCCAGCAGCUGGAGAGUCGCAUGAAGGAGAACGAAAAUCCGGCAGCGAACGCGCCACGCGGCCGCAGAGUAAUGCCAGCGGCCCAGUUCGCGACCCAAACCAUCUCACCGACGGACGCCAGCCUAAACCACCACCAGCAGCUCAGCAACAGCACUAGCAGCAAUCUCAACAAAAACGAAAUCUCCGACGAUUCUGGCACCGAGUUUGAACAAGUGACCAGCCCGCGGAAGCCCCCCUUCGCCUACCUGCCCCCGGGCCAACCGGCCAUGCCGUUCGUGUCGGAGCUCAAAAAGGGCAUCCUCAAGUCCAAGUCGGGCUGCGUCGGCCUCUUUCCGACCGACCUCAACUCGGAGCUGAAGUCGCGCCUCAAAAAGUCCACUCACUCGUCGGUGUCGAACCUGAAAAAGUCCACCACCGUGUCCGAUAUGGCCCAGGACCGCGCCCCGUCCGUGUCGUCCGAGUCCGACGAGGAGGACGGCGUCGCGCCCGGUAAGAAUCUCGCGAAAAUGCUCCGGAACGUGUCGAAUACGGCCACCGGUGGUGGCGGCGGUUACGUUCCCCCGGGGGGAGUCGCGCUUUUUCCGGCGAUGAUCGGACCGGCGCCGGUGCCCUUCCGGAAGGGUAGUGCGGGUAGUGAGCGUGGCGUCGUCAGUGAGUUUGACGCGAGUGGAACCACCAGCGACGGGGAACAUCCGGCCAGCACGCGGGGCAACGUGGACUCGAUCCUGAAGAACCCGGCGGUGGCGAGGCGCCGACGGCAGAAUGAAGGCCAACGGCAGCAACUGGUGAAGAGCAAGAGCCAAUCGGAGCUUGCCACCUUCAUUCCGGCGUCGGCCAUCAUCUACCACAACACGGCGAAACCAUUCGGCUUCCACAGCGGCGGCGUUGGCGUCGCGACGGCCCCUGGACGGACACCGGUCGGCGGCGGAGGACAUGAUCCUGUAACGGCGGCGGCGACCACUUUUCUCAAGCAAGCACCAACAGCCACGACCACGACGACGACGGAACAGCAGCAGCAGCAGCAGUUUCCGGUGCCCGGGUUCGGCGGAUUGCGGCGGUGCCUCACGGAAGAGAUGCGUCCCGACCAGGACUCGAUGGUGAAGAGCGUCUCGAUUGCCGAGCGGCUCGCGGCCCUCCAGAAGAGCGGCGAGGACGACUGGCGCAAGCGGAUCGGCAAGAAGGACGUGACGGAUGACGCCCGGCGGGAGAAUCUGGUCAAUAAUGCCAUCCUGGUGGCCAAAUCGCUCGAGAGUCCAGUUAAGAACAGCACGGCGCGCCCGUUCAGUCGGCCCGCGGACCUCGAGGGCGGCAACAUUUCCGACCGGCUCGGAAAGAUCAAAACGUCCUCGGAGAACUGGAAGAAUCGUGUCGAACUCUCGGAUGCCACCAACUUUACCGUGGCGGGCCGGAUGGCCGCGGCCCGCACGCCCAAGUUGCCGUUCAUCAAAUCCGACACGAAGCAGUCGCCACCGAUGAGCGUGUUCCGCAGUGUGAACCCGCCGCCCCAGCUGGGCCUGGCCAAGAGUCCGUCGAUGAUGGUGUCGACGGCCUACGGAGGAGGAGGAGGAGGAGGUGCCCACCAUAAUCAGAACGGUGCCGUGGCCGCGCUGGCCGCCGUCGGCCAGCAACUUUCUAGUCAACUCAGUCAGCAACACCAUCAACAACAGCACAUCAACAGCAGAUCGCACGUGGGAGUGGACAGCAUGAUGAAGCGUAGCAUUAGUGUCCCCGGUGGUGGCAGCGGGGCCCACGGGGAAGCCGGUGGGGACCUCAAGUCCCACGCUGCCGGCGGUUCCAAGGUUUCAAUUCCAAAGCUGGACGACGAAAGCUUUGGCAACUUUUUCACCAAAGUCGAGCAAACCGUAUCAGCUACUAGUGGCAGCAGCAUGACCAUGACCAAAAGCAGCAGCACUAGCCUGACCACGACCGGGUCGUUGGCGGAGGUCGCCAUCGGAGAUUUCGACACGCUCAAGCUGGACAGUUCCCAGCCGCGGCUCACGCAGAAGAAGGUCGUGCAGGGUCCGCGCCGGAGGCAGGGCCCGGCCUCGCGGAAUCCGCUCAAGACGUUGGCGGCCCGCGACGACCUGCAGACCGAGUACACCGAGAUCAAAACAGGUAUCGCCGAUAAAGAGUUGAAAAGACUCAAGCUAGAAUCAAUCGCCAAAACGAGCAACCUGGCCAUCGAAGCCCUCGCCGGUCUCGCCUCCGUCGAGGACUUCAAGUCGGUGUCGCUCAAGUCGAGCUCGCUGCCGCUGAACCAGAGCUUCGUCCCGUACCGGCCGUUGAUGCUGCUGCAGGUGAAGGGCCGCAGGCACGUGCAGAGCCGGCUGGUCGAACCGGUGGCGCGGUCAAUCAACCGAGGCGACUGCUUCGUGCUGGUCACGCCGGAGCGAUUGUUUGUGUGGAACGGCGCGUUGGCGAACGUGAUCGAGCGAUCGCGCGCCAAGGAGAUUUGCGACGUGAUUCUGCGGGAUAAGGACCUUGGGUGUGGUGCUGCGGCGGUGGUCGUUAUCAACGAUGGGAAGUUUGGAGGAGUGAGUGAGCGACAGCAGCGGGAGUUUUGGAAGCUGCUGGGAAGGGGACAGGAGGAUGAGGGGGCUGGAGUUUGCGAGGCGGGACACGCCGACGAGGAUGAGCUGGUGGAGAGUUGUCUGAUCGAGACGACCAAGGUGUACGAGUUUGAGGACGAUACGUUGGUGCCGCUGGAGGAGUAUUGGGGAGCGGCACCAAAGAUCGCCAUGUUGGACGCGCGGAAGAUCUUGGUGUUUGAUUUUGGCAGCGAGCUGUACAUCUGGAACGGGAAGAACGCCGGUAGUGAGGCGAAACGGGCAGCGAUCAAGCUUGCGCAGGAGAUGUUUAUGCAAGAGUACAGCUACGACAUGUGCCAGCUGAGUCCGGUGAACUUUGCCGAGGUUAGUGGGGAUCGUCAGCGUGAUGUUAGGAGAGUGACGAAGGCUGGAAGUGUGCGACCAGAGUGGUGCUUGAUCGCGAAGGUAACGCAGCACAUGGAGACGAUCCUGUUCCGGCAGAAGUUCCUCGACUGGCCGGACAUUACGGUGCAGCUGAAGGACGAUGGGUACCCUCUUGGGGGAGACAGUCCGAUCUUGGAGAUCAAACCCGUUGAUGGGGAAGCGUUGUUCCGCGGUGAACCAUACGUGGAGCCGAACCUGGUGCUGGAAAACUCCAGCUUGGGUCGAGGUAACUUUUACUACGACACGGACACGAUGCGUCACUUUGACGUGUUGACCAAAUCGGUGACCCAGUGGGAGAUCGACGAGUACGAGUACAAGGAGAUCAACGGAUCGUCCAGUGGUCACUUUUACUCCGACGAGAGCUACACCGUCCGCUGGAUGUACCAGGUCAGCGUGACCGUACGGGAACUCAGCGGCAAGGUCUCGAACCGCAGCACGGUCGUUGGCCGCGAUCGGUGCGCCUAUUUCUGCUGGCACGGAAAGGACGCUCCGGCCAACGAGAAGGGCGCGGCCGCGCUGCUAACCAUCGAGCUGGACAAAGAAAAGGGUUCCCAAGUGCGAGUCGCCCAAGGCCAAGAAUCGUCCGCCUUCAUUCGCCUCUUCAAGAUCAUGUUCAUCCACAAGAGCAAAAAGACACCGCGAAACGCGUGGCGACUCUACAUCAUUACCGGCAACUACCCGGAAGAAACGGUCUGCACCGAGGUGACCUGCAACGCCCGCCAACUUCGCUCCCGCGCCUCCAUGAUCCUCAUCCACGGCGAAAAAGGUCGCGCCCUCCUUUGGAACGGCUUCAAAGCCCUCCCCCACUCCCUCGAAGUCGGCCAAAACGUCCUGAACGCCAUCAUCCAGAACCGCUACAGCGAACUGUUCGACGAAACGCUCCCCUCACUCACUAGCGCCACCCUCAGCGAAGGCCACGAAACCCACGAAUUCUUCGAAGCCAUCGACGGCAGCGAGAACCGUCACCAGUACCACUCGCUCCUAACCUCCCACCAAACCUUCCACUAUACCCCCAGACUCUUCCACCUGACCAGCAUCAACAACGGCAACUUCGAGGCCACCGAACUCCAGUACAACCUCCGCUCCAAAGACCUCCCCUCCCCGUACCCCUUCCGCCAGGACGAUCUCUACACCGCCCGCCAACCCACCAUCUUCCUCAUCGACAACGGGCACGUCCUCUGGCUCUGGCAGGGCUGGUGGCCAACCACCGGCGAAGAAGGCAGUGCCAGCGGCAGCACCACCGGCAGUGGAAGCGACUCCGAAGACAGCAACGCCCAACCCAGCAGCUUCGAUAGCAAUCGCUCGGGCGAGAACCGCUGGCAGUCGGAACGGCGCGUCGCCAUGGAAACGGCCGUCGCCUACUGGAAGGCCAAGCAAGCCCAAAAUGGCGCCGGCCCGAAAAAGAUCACCAACGGUAAGAAAACCGUCGUCCCGGAGGAGGUGGACGAAAACGGCAACGGAAAUGCCGGAGGAACGUCGUCGGAUGACGAUGAAAACUGUGAUAAGACAACGAGAAAUGGGGGUGCUGAUAAGGGAGAGGAAGAAGAAGAGAAUGGUCAGCAACAGCAGUCGGCGUUGGAUGAGAUCAACGGGUACGUGGUUUGGGCGGGGCUGGAACCGCUGGAGUUUAUCGCCAUGUUCCCGGACUGGGAGCAGCGAGACGACGUCGCCGAGAUUAGUGUGCAGGAUGGUCGUAAGUCGGCCCCGCAGCCGAUCGCGAGCCAGCUGUCGUUGCUGUCGCGCCGCGAGUACCCGCUGCAGGUGCUGCUGGACCGCCCCCUGCCCGAGGGCGUCGACCCGACCAAGCUGGAGCUGUACCUGGCGCCGGAGAACUUCCCGGCGGGGAUGGGCCUGACCAAGCCCGAGUACGACCAGCUGCCCGCGUGGAAGCAAACCAAACUCAAGAAGGAGCGGGGUCUGUUUUAAACAAAGGAGGGAAAGUUGAGAGAGAAUUUCUUAUUUUUUGUUACGUUGUUCAGUGUGUGUGCGGGAAGAUCUUUAAUAUGCUUGCGCAACUUUAGAUAUAUUUGUAAAAUUUGGGAUGAGAUUACGAUGGGCGCCCUUAAGUUUUUAUUAUUUUUUUGUAAUAUUUCUGUUUAUUUCUAUUAUUUUCAAUUUUUAUCUGCUUGUGGCAUUAUCAUUGGCCAAGGCAAGUUACAAAAUUUUGCGUUCUCAACUCGUUCAAAUUUUAUAUUUGUUUUUUUUUCGUUACAUAAACCUAUUAUUUGUUUUUACCCAAAAAAAAAUAAAGGGGCGUGAUUAUCUUAUUUGAUUAGCUUUAACAACCACUAUUAGAAAAUUAUAAAAUUUGAGAGUGUGCGACCCCCCACUUUAUUCGAAAAAAAAAAAUCUUUUGUUAUUGCCGAGAUUGUGUUACAAUUAUUACAAAAAAAAACCUAAAUAAAACACAAUUUCUUAUCCCUCGUCAGAGAUUUCCCUUUCGUUUUUAAAACUGCACUGAUUUCAGCCCCUUUUUUAACCUUCAACCACAGACAAACGGGCGUAAAUCUACUUCAAAA